AUGGCCGCAGUUCCGCAACGCAGGCUCAUCGGCCUCUCAACCAAGGCCUACUUCCCCUUACAACGAACCCUCGAGUUCACGAAAGAAGUUCAAUCGCAACUAAGGUCUCUUCAGUCGAGCACAUUCAAAGACGUCGACAUCUUCCUCAUCCCGGAUUUCGUUUCCAUCCAUCCUGUCAACGAGCUUCUUAAGUCCUCCCCGAUUCCUAUCCGCCUGGGCGCUCAAGACUGCCACUGGGAAGAUUUCGGAGCUUAUACCGGCGAAGUCAGCCCUGCGGUACUAAGUGAAGCUGGGGUGACGAUCGUGGAGGUUGGACACGCGGAGAGGAGAAGACUCUUCGGUGAAGAUGACCAGAUCGUCGCCAAGAAGGCCGCUGCAGCAAGCAGAAAUGGGAUGGCGCCGCUGAUAUGCAUUGGCGAGAAGACCAGGGGGGAUGUGAGCGUGGCCCUGGAGGAAUGCAGAGCUCAGGUCGACCAGGCUCUGGCCGACGUACCCGAGUCCGCUGAAGUCAUCAUUGCAUAUGAGCCCGUGUGGGCCAUUGGCGCAGACCAACCAGCCAGUGAAGGCCACGUUGUUGCGGUGGUGAAAGGCAUUAGGUCUUUUGAGAGCAUGAAGAACAGGACAGGCACAACAAGAGUCAUCUAUGGUGGGAGUGCUGGGCCUGGUCUGUUUGAAAAGUUAGGGGAAGCUGUGGAUGGUCUCUUCCUAGGCAGAUUCGGGCAUGAUGCCACACGGUUCAUGAAGACGAUAUCGGAGGUGGCGUCCUUCAAGGCAUAA